AUGGAAGUGACUCCGGCACCUGAAAGUCCAACAGCACAUCAAGCAAGUGAUGCAAUGAAGAUCGACGAUGGCCCGGGAGCAGACUCGACAAAGAUGGACGUAUCGAAGACAGAGAACGGAGAGACUAAAUCGUCAAAGCGGAGAAAGGACGAGGGUUCGAUUGACAAGCUCUCGAACCUCUCUAGGGUCACAGCCACUCAGCUGCCAUACAUCACCUUCCCCGAUGAUUCACGAUACGUCCCGGUGAGACCUUUGCUAGCAUCGUCGGCGACCCAGAAGAGCCACCACAAGGUAGGAUUGACCGGUAGCUCGACCAGCGUGGCACAUGCGAUUCUGAGCCAGGCCGACUCGAUCGCGACCGGCGCUGGAGGUGGCAUAUUAGUAAUGAGAGACCGUAAACCGGACGAGCCUGCUGAAUUCUUGGAAAUGAGCUCUUUAAAAAACGCGGCCACUAAUCCGGGUGCGGCUGCCGCUAAUCCAGCUGGCUCGAAUAAUAACGCAGCUGCCGAAAGCGCUGCUGAUCCUGAUCGAGCUUUGCUAGAUGGUCCUAUUGCUGAUUUGCCUCCUUCAUUUGAAUACAAUUUUGAUUCGUAA